AUGGGUUCGCCCAACGACGCCUUCCCCUUACUCGCGGCAUUGUACACCUCGUAUCCUGGAACGCACGCCGUAUACGUACACCAAGACCAGAGAGAGUACUCUCUCGAAGGAGGGCGUUUUUUGUCUCACGAGUCUGCGGCGCCCAUGAUCACCGGAACGGCACUGAUUCCCGACGUUGUGAUCACGUCGCAUACGGCAGCGUCUCGGGCACUCUGUUCGGCACUCCCCGCCUCUGCGACCCCGACAGGGUACCUCAACGUAUCUGAAGAUGUCAGCAUCGGCGUGCUAGAUUGGGAGCACAACGACGUCUCCCCUGCCGACACUCAUCUUGCGCUUUUGACCCGAGAGGAGGCUCUUGUUGUCUGGGGCACCGACCUCAACAACGCAUGCGAACGGUUUGACAGAGUGCAAGCUGCGCUCACGGAAUGGCUUCAACACCCGGCACCUCAGGGAUCUCCGGAACCCGACCCGCACUCGUCGCCCUCUUCGAGUACCUCUGGAUAUAGCCCUUCAAUUUCCUCGGCCGACAGCGACAUACUCUUCACCCCUGAGCCCUACACCAGCGUCUUCGACGACUUCGAUUUUUACGACCCCCCUAGCGCCCUCGGAUAUCCUCUUUACCAAGGCGGCGCCUUUCCGCUUCCCGGCCUUCAUGGCAGCUGCUCCGAGGACAUUUAUGUCAGGCUUGGUGCGCUACAGAAUCUCGCUAAGCUCAAAGACCUCGAAGCGCAUACCUCCGGCUCUCCCUACCCACCCGUCUCGGUCGCCGGAACUGGCACGCCUUCGCCUCCCCAUAUGGGAUUCGUCGACCUCGCGGCACCACAUUGCGAGAGCUCGCCGACAUGGACCAGCCCCGACGGCGACAAUGUCAACCCGGAGAGCAGCCCAGUGCCCGCCCCUGCCGCAUCGCAGGACACCAAAACGCGGAAGAAGCGGUCUGGUCCUGCAUCUGCACCCCAGCGCCGCUCCGCCCGUUGCGCGCAACUCGAAGCUGCCCGGCCUCCCCCGCCGUCUCCACCUCCCCCGCCAGUGUCGCGCGCGAGCACGCGCAAGCGUACAAAGUCGGCCGCGCGACGCACAUCGAGUGCGAAGUCGGCCGUGCGACGCACAUCGGGUGCGCGCCCGGCCUCGACUUCGCGGCUCAUCAGCCCUCUCCCCUCUCGUGCUGUGCGCGCCGCCGCGACUCGCCCUUCCUCUGCCGUUGCUGCGCGCGCGAUUGUUCCGCGUGUCACUCUCCACUCGCAUGCUACCUGCGACAUGUCGGUCGACGAUGACAUGUCUGAUAGCGAUGCGGAAGACGAGAGUGACUGCGAAGACGAGGACGAGGACGAGGACCAGUACGAUGACGGCUCUGGCGAGUACACCGGGGAGGGCGCGUUCCGCGGCUCGAGACCCGCUAGUCCGCGCCUGCCUUUGAAGCGAGGUCGCAAAGCGACUAAGACUUCAAAGGCCGUCAAGAAGUGGCAGGAGGCGCAGGAACGACUUACGCACCCCGAGGCGUUCAAGUGCCCUAUCGCGACGUGCCCACGACCGGGCAAAGUCUUCACCCGCGUCGCCGACUGCUCCCGACACAAAAAGAUAUGCGCAGCGCAGGCGGGGAAAGAGGACGCCGUGAUAUCGAUGUGCUCUCUCUGCGAUAGAGAGUACUCGCGCGCGGACGCCACGCUGAGGCAUAUCAAGUCGAAACACCCUGGCAACGCCAAAGCUAAACCUGUGGAAUUCACCAGGAGGAUCGUGUCAAAGAAGGGAGACGUCUGA